GGUCAGUGUGAUUUGAAUAAUCUCAUUUCUCAAAAGUGAAUGUAAAGCCGUCAACUUGAGGUCGAUUGUAUAGCAAAUUCCCCGUUGUUAGAUGCCAGUAUUCACGUGGUGUUUUACUAACAGACUAGUCAAGCAAGCAGAGGAUAUCGACAGCGGUUUAGCGGCAAGAUUAAUCUAAAUCGUGCCGAAUUCUUGGAGUGCGUUUCGAAGAUUUGAGCGUUCUAUUGUGCUGGGUUCAAAAUGGCGGUGUGAUGAUCGGAGUACGUUACAACGAAUCAAGGACCAUAAAAACGGGAAUUAUUUCAAAACUCAUGCGCUAAGGAGCCUUUCUCUGGUAUCCCCGUCGAAAUGCUCAGCUGGCUGUAUUCGAAGGCAAGUUGUUCUAACCGACAUCAUGGCUAGAAUUUGGCGCUUUGGACUCGCAACAAGAAACAUCAAAGACCAAUUAUGGAUGCGUUUUGUACUCGUAUUGUAUAUCCACGCGUUGGGAUUUCACGCAAGUUCAGCAACAAGUGAGGUUAGGACGUUUUAUAUCCCAGAGGGAAGCCCGACCGGUACUGAAGUUGGUCGAAUACCGGUUAGAGUUCAAUCCAUCUUACUUGCUAGCGGAAUACCGGCAGAUUUGGAAUAUAAUGUGGGUGUAAUAACCACGAAAACUGUUCUAGACCGUGAAAAAGUUAGUGCGUACAAUCUCACUAUUGUUGAAUUUUCUACCCCUCCAAAAAGCUACACUGUGCUUGUGUAUGUUCAAGAUUUAAACGAUAACUCCCCGAGUUUUGUCAGAGGGACAAGCGCAAAGUUGGUAGUGUUUGAAAACGAUAAGGAUUUUCGGCAAAAGCUAAUAGCAGUCGAUUCCGACUUCGGAUCGAAUUCUACGCAGAGUUACACCAUUGUGUCUGGGAACGUUGGUAAUGUAUUCGAGCUUAUAACUAAAAGGAACACUGACGGGGAUCUUUAUGCUGAUUUAGUGGUAAAUGCAAGCAGUAUAGGAGUUGAUCGUGAGCGGCUAGAUUCAUAUGUUUUGAACAUUUCUGCAAGCGACGGAGGAAACCCAGCCAACCACGGCUUCCUUCGACUAAGUAUCACUGUUGAGGAUACAAAUGAUAAUAAGCCGGAAUUCUCAAACGUGAGUUACUCUGGUACUAUCCCUGAGAAUAUCGAUGUGGGAACCUCGAUUUUUCAAGUCUCUGCAAGCGAUAAAGACAUUGGAACUAACGCUGAAAUACAGUACUCAAUCGAAACACAUUCAGACCCCCAAGCGAUCUUCGGCAUUCACCCAACGACUGGAGUGAUCGUCAAUAAUGUUCGACUGGACUAUGAGGCCAAACGUAGUUAUUUGAUCGUUGUGAAAGCGGAGGACAAGGGAUCAAGCCAUCAACUUUCUAGCAGUGCCAUAGUAAGGAUCGAAGUUCUGGAUGUAAAUGACAACAAUCCCGUAAUCCAUGUUAGUUACACAUUAGGGGGAAGCUAUCAGGUUACGGAAAACGCCGCCAUUGGAACUCAAGUGGCUCGCGUUUCCGUAUCUGAUGCGGACUCGGGGAAAAACGGAGAAGUAAAUGUGACUCUUGAAGGCGGAGAUGGGUACUUUAGUAUGAAAUUUGAUGUACUCAAUGAUGAGUCUAUCAUUGCAGUUGGACAGAGUUUGGAUAGAGAAACACAUGAUCAUUUUUUCCUGAAAGCUGUUUGUAUUGACAAGGGUGACCCCCCUAGAACUACUGAAAAAAGCUUCAGGAUUAAUGUAGGAGAUGUCAAUGACUGUGCUCCUAAGUUUGAUCAGCAUACUUACGAAAGACGAGUUUGGGAAAAUGCCACCGUCAACACACUUGUAGCAAGAGUGAAUGCAGUUGAUCAAGACUUUGGGUCAAACUCAGAGUUGGUCUACACCAUUGCCAACACCACAGAGAGCAGGAGUUACUUGCAUUGGUUUGCAAUAGACCCCUCAAGUGGAAUGAUAACAACAGCAACUGAUCUGGAUCGUGAACAAAUACCCCAAGUUGUGUUGACAGUCCUAGUGCACGACAGAGGAUCUCCACCGCUAAGUGAUAACUGCAGUGUCAUAGUAAAUCUCACUGAUAGUAAUGAUAAUGACCCGUACUUCAACCAGAGCAGUUAUAAUGCUUCACUGUUUGAGAAUUCCCCCUCCGGCUCUCCAGUUGUUCAGUUGUUAGCCCAAGACCCAGAUAUAGGGGAGAACAGUUUGAUCCUUUAUUCCAUUUUGACCCCAAACACUCCAUUUUUUGUUGAUCCUCGCAAGGGCCUAGUUACUAAUUCUAGAACACUUGAUCAUGAGGUGCAGUCAUCAUACACAUUUCAGGUUGCUGCUACUGAUGGUGGUGGUCGGAGCUGCAAUGCAACUGUGCAUGUGUCUUUGACUGACCUCAAUGAUAACCAACCAGUGUUUGACCCAAGUAGCUACAGUGUGGAGUAUUUUGAAAACACCCGCAUUGGUCAAAGUAUAUGUCAACUUAAAGCAAUAGACAGAGACAGUCCAAAGUUUGCUAUUACAAGGUUUAUCAUUGAGCAAGGGAAUGCUGAUGAAGUGUUCUCUGUUGAUGGAUCUGGCUUGAUAACCCUUGCCAAGCUCCUGGACCGUGAGACCCAGGAUAACUACCUUCUAACAGUGAAAGCUGUAGAUGGGGGUGGUCAAGAUUCAGUGAACAAAGCUAUUGUGAAUAUAACUGUUCUGGAUGUGAACGACGAGCCUCCAAUCUUCUCAAAGGCAGAAUACAAUUUCACCAUUCAAGAGCACUCACAAGCACUGUCUGUCAUCGGACAUGUUCAUGCGAUAAGCAGAGAUAAAGGCACAAAUGCUGAAGUUGUGUACUCAAUCUCAAAAGGCAACACUGACAACAUUGUCUUGAUAAAUAGCACUGGAACAUUAUACCUCCAGUCGGAAAUUGAUCACGAGAAAAUCCCAUCCCUUUAUUUGACGGUUCAAGCCAAGGACAAAGGUACCCCUCCCUUAUUUGGAUAUGCACAUGUGACUAUCACUGUCAUAGAUAUAAAUGAUCAUAGCCCACAGUUUAACAGCAGCUCUAUCUUAGUUAGGUUACCAGAGGAUACUCCAAUAGGCCAUACUUUCUAUACUGUCUCUGCUUUUGAUGCUGAUAGUGGUGUCUUGGGUAGAGUCUCUUUCUCUCUUCUAUCAAAUCCUGGAACUCUUUUCAAUCUUGACUCAAACACUGGAGCUCUAUCCUUAACUAAACUUAUAGACUAUGGAAAUUCGGCAAGGUCUUAUACAUUACCAGUUCAAGCUCAAGAUGGGGGCAGUCCCCCUAGAAGCUCCACAGCAAUGCUGGAACUUAAAGUGGUAGAUGUGAAUGACUACUCACCAGUAUUCGGGAAUUGGUCUUACACAACCCAUGUUCUAGAGAGCACACCUCCUGAUUCAAAUAUUAUUGAAGUAGUGGCAACAGACGUGGAUAGUGGAGAAAAUGGCAGAAUCUCUUAUGCAUUUGAUUCUAAAGUGGACACAUCUAAAUUUGGUCUGAGAAAUGGAGGAAAGAUUUUCAUAAAGUCCAAGUUGGACAGAGAAGACAUCGAGGAGUAUAAUCUAAAAGUUAUUGCAACAGAUCAUGGAACGCCAAGAAGGUCAUCUUCAGCUGAUGUAAAGGUUAUAGUUGAUGAUGUCAAUGAUAACAACCCUCACUUCCAGCAGGCUUCAUAUGCAUUUUUUGUUAAAGAAAAUGAACCUGUUGCUACCUAUUUAGGGGCAGUGUCUGCAAGUGACAGUGACGAGGGAAGUAAUGGCCAUGUGACUUACAGAUUUGACACACAAGUUGCACAAUUUAUUGUAGACAAACAAACUGGUAAAAUAACAACAAGCCAAGUUCUUGACAGAGAAGCCAAGGCGUCCUACGUAUUCAGUAUUGUUGCAACUGAUGGCGGAAGUAGCCCUCGUGUAGACAAGACUCAGGUUACGGUGAUAGUUAGGGAUGUUAAUGAUUGCUCUCCUAAAUUCAGCAAGAAUAAAUACUCAGUAACAGUCAAUGAAGAUCUCCCAGUCGGUUCUUCGCUAUUGACAUUAAUAGCCACAGAUGACGACCAGCAGGGGCCCAACAGUGAUAUAACCUACAUGAUUGUCGCUGGCCCUAAGGCAUUUUCUUUGAAUCAAGUGACAGGGGUUCUUACUCUUGUCUCACCGCUUGACCGCAAAGUUACUCAUAGACACAUCCUACAUGUGGUUGCAAGUGAUAAGGGGGAAAAUCAGUCAUUGGAAACUAUCACUUAUAUUGAGAUCAAUGUCCUGGAUGUGAAUGACAAUUAUCCAGUGUUUAUUAAUGAGACCACAUUCAAGACAGUACCAGAGAAGUUGCCGAUUGGAAGUGUUGUAGCUGCUGUCCUAGCUGUUGACAGUGAUCAAGGUGAUAAUGGAAAAGUACGUUAUAAAAUAGUCAAUGGAAAUACUGAUGGCACUUUUAAAAUCAAUGAGACAACUGGUGUUAUUUCUACCCUUCGUGCUUUGGACUUUGAGGUAACUAAUCGUUAUGUGUUAAGAGUCAGUGCAACUGAUAUGGGACAAAAACAGCAAAAAACAUCCUAUCAACUAGUGACCAUUUAUGUUGAAGAUGCCAAUGACAACCGACCAACAUUUGAUAAGAACCCAAUUAUUACCUGGAUUUAUGAAAACGUUCCAAUUAACACCAACGUUACAACCAUUAAAGCCCAUGAUGAUGAUUCAGGAUUGAACAGUAGAAUUUGGUACACCAUCGACUCUCAGUCUCCUAGAGCACACUUUAAAAUCAACAGUGAAACUGGCUUGAUACAAACUACUCACCCAAUAGAUAGAGAGGAGAUCUCCGAGUACUCUUUGAAGGUCAGAGCUACAGACCAGGCAUUCACAGAACAAGACAGGUUGUAUAGCACAGCUACCCUAAAGAUCAUUAUACAGGAUUUGAAUGACAAUGCACCAAAGUUUGUGUCCAGGAAUUUGACAUAUGUGAUGGAGGACGAGCCCUUUAAUUUCCAGGUCACCUCUAUUACUGCUUUGGACCCAGAUACUGGCCAAGGUGGAAAUGUUGAGUACCGUAUUGUGAGUCCAGAUACAGGAAAGUUCAGCCUUGACCUCAAAACAGGAGUAUUGAAGCUCAUUGGCAGUCUAGACUAUGAAGAUGUUCCUCAGUAUACCCUGCAUAUAAGUGCGACAGACCUCGGGUCUCCACCCCUCACCUCGUACCAACUCUUCAAUGUUGUUGUUGUUGAUGUGAAUGACAAUCCUCCCGAGUUUACUAGAGAUUUAUUUAUUGGGACUGUUAGUGAAAAUGAGCCUACUGGGACUUCAGUUGUCAAGGUAACAGCUUAUGAUCGAGACUCUGGUUCGAAUGCAGAAUUGACAUACAGUAUUCCAAGUGGGGUGGAAAUGGAUAAGUUCUCCAUUGAUAAACAUUCAGGACUUAUUGUGACCAAUUCCAUUUUGGACCGUGAGAAGAAAGACACUUAUUUUUUAACAGUACAUGCAACUGGCGUUUCAUACCCCUUUAGAGUGAGUAGUACAUCAGUUCGAAUCAAUGUUAUGGACCGCAAUGACAACCCUCCCAAGUUUAUCUCCCCAGUUGUGACUCUCAAAGUACCAGAAAACAGUCCUGCAAGAUUGAUAUACACUCUGACUGUCCAGGAUUUGGAUUAUGGCAACAACACCAAGGUAUUGUACAGCAUAAUGUCGGGGAACACUGACGGCGCAUUUACCAUAGGUACAUCAACUGGUGAGCUUUCAACAACAACAAAGUUGGAUCGAGAGACAAAAGCUUUUUAUCAGUUAUCAGUUCAAGCCAAGGACAUAACACCACCAUAUUAUACUGCGUUCGCAAACAUUACUAUCUUCAUUGAAGACCAAAAUGAUAAUCCUCCAGUAUUCCAGCAGUCCCUGUAUAGUUCCACCAUUUCAGAACUGACUCCUCCGGGCACUUCAAUCCUGAAUCUUACAGCAAGUGACAAGGAUUCUGGCUCUAAUGGAAACAUUGUUUACACUCUUAGUAAUGACACUUAUGGUGUUUACAGUAUUGACUCUAGAACUGGUAUUGUCUAUAGUGCAGCAAGAUUUGAAACAAGCAUCAAACAAGAGUACAACUUCUUCUGUAUUGCUAAAGACCAGGGGCAAGAUCCUAAGAUGGCAAUUGUUCCCGUCAGGAUCAAGAUUGAAGACAAAAAUAACCAUGCCCCGCAGUUUACUAAGACACCCUAUGAGGUUCACAUAUUCCCCAACACCUCUGCUAGUGCCUUGGUUACCAUGGUUACAGCCACUGAUGCAGACACGGAUAAAAGCACCAAUGGUAAGGUGACUUACAGACUUGACGAUUCAAAGAAUUCCACUAGCUUGUUUGUGGUUGAGAGCAACACAGGAAGUGUGAGGACUUCAGCUGGAUUUAGCAACCCGCCCCAGGGGAGACACGCGUUAUACAUCAUCGCAGAAGACCAUGGUUCGCCACCUUUAAGAGGGUACGGUAUUGUCCAGAUAGUGAUCGGAAACAUCCAAGAUGACCCACCCAGGUUUCUGAACCAGACUCCAGCAAGAGUCAGUAUACCCGAGAACUCCAAGGUGGGGUCCUAUAUCACAACUGUGAGAGCAAGAGCUUCUAGUGAUGCCCAGGUGACAUAUAGUAUUAUCAGCGGAAACAAGGGAAGAGCAUUUUAUGUCGACCCUUUCACUGGUGUGAUAUCUGUGGCAUCCGCUGACGCUCUCGACUACGAGUCAACUAAGAACUUCAGACUCCACCUUGUUGCUACACCUCAGGGAUGGGUUUCGCUAAACGGGUACAUGAUACUGGAUAUCAAUGUGAUUGACAGAAAUGACAACUUUCCAGCCUUCCACCCUUCAAACAUGCUUGCUCAAAUUGCAGAGGACACUGGGGCCUUUAAACCACGUUUUGUUGUCAAGGUAACAGCAACAGAUGUUGAUUCAGGAACCAAUGGGAAGGUUACUUACUCUAUAUGGACAGGUAAUGAGGCAGGUGUUUUCACUAUUGACUCUACCACUGGUGAGAUUACCACAGCAAAACUACUAGACAGAGAAACCACCGCAAGCUUUGACCUGGUUAUCAGAGGCACAGAUAGUGGGAUCCCCCCUAAGUCGACCAACUGUCAAGUGAAGGUAGUAGUGACUGACCUCAAUGACAAUCCACCUUUGUUUGACCCCCUGUCUGAGGUGAACAUCAGAGAAGACACCAGAACUGGGGCAGUGGUAACAAGCGUUGUUGCGACGGAUACUGACAAGGAAUCAAGACUUACAUACACCCUGAAGUCUGCAAGUACCCCAGGGAUGUUCAGUGUGGGACGAUUCAAUGGCGCUGUCAGUUUACUAAAGCGGCUAGACUACGAGAAGACGAACAAGUAUUCACUGAACAUUGCAGUAAGCGAUGGCUUGCACUCCGCAGAAAAGACCCUAACUAUCAAUGUCCUGGACACAAAUGAUAACACUCCAAAAUUCCUGAAUAGCUCCUACCAAGUUACCCUCUCCAAGACCAUCCCUGCUGGGAGAGCCAUACUGAGGGUGAGCGCAACCGACCAGGAUAGUGGCAGUAAUGCCCAGAUCAAGUAUUCCUUCCCCAUCACCAACAGCGACCAGAUUGACUACAAGAUUGACGCAGACACUGGUGUGAUCUCAGCGCGAAGGACUAUUGAUGUUAGAAUAAGAGACUCGUUUAUCCAGAUCCCUGUACAAGCAAUGGACCAAGGGGUUCCCCCACAGAGAGCGCUAGUAUAUGUAAGGAUCAUCAUUACCAGGGAACCCAAAUUUGAGCUGCCUUCCUACUUCGGAAAGGUCCCUGAAAAUGCUAUGAUGGGUACGUCUGUGCUUACGGUCCGGGUCACUGACAAUGCUGCCGGCUUACCUCUAGGCCGCAUCAGUUAUAAUAUUGAAAACAGCAACUACUUCCGCAUUGGUCAGCGCAGUGGGGUGAUUAGCGUAAAUAAGCCUUUGGACUACGAGACCAAGAGGCGGUUUCUUCUAGUGGUGAGUGCCAUUGACGACACAGCACCCUCCAAGCCCGUACGAGUGCCCGUCUACAUCAACGUGAGUGACGUGAACGACGAGAAGCCUGUGUUCGGCCAAAGUGGGUACAUGGCUCAGUGGAGUGAAGGGAUACCUGUGGGAACCAUCGUCGUGAACGUCUCGGCCGCCGAUAAAGACUCGGGAGCAAAUGGUCGGGUGUGGUUCGCCAUCCAGUCGGGAGACGAUAAGGGUUCGUUUGCGAUCGAUAGGAAGACGGGUGUGAUUCGGACGCAAAGAGCGCUUGAUCACGAGACAAUUAAGACUCAUCACGUGUCAGUGCGGGCAACUGAUGAAGGCUCUCCUCCGAUGCACACGGACGUGUCUGUGACUAUAAGAGUCCUGGACCUGAAUGACAACCCUCCGGUGUUUCGCGUGCCCGGACCUAACGACGUGCAAGUCCUCGAGAACUUACCGCUGAACUCGAGGUUGUACGAGAUCAACGCGACAGACCGAGACUCUGGCGCCAACGCAAGACUCUCCUUCACGGUGAUUGGUGGCACCGGACAAGGUUUGUUUUUGAUCGACAAAUUUAGUGGUUGGCUCACUACCAACAUAACCUUUGACUACGAGAAUACUGCGGUUUAUCAGUACAGUCUCACCAUCAAGGCCACAGACGCUGGUAACCCGCCACUCUCCAGCAACAUCACCAUCAUCGUCAAUGUCGCGGACGAAGACGAGUACGACCCGAGCUUCAACCGAAUGGAUUACAAAUUCGACGUUCCUGGGAACGCCAAAAUCGGAGAUUUCGUCGGGCAGGUUACGGCCACUGAUCGGGAUUCGGGUGAUCAAGGCCGUGUUUUCUUCGUGUUCUACAAUCCUACGAGUAACGCUUUAAAGAUGAAUGCCACCACGGGGAUCAUCAGUGUCAACCGAACACUAAACGAUGGAAGUUCGCUGGAGACUCGUGCUAGACGAAGCCUCGACGAACUCUUGAUUGGCUUCGAAAUCGGCUCGAGUAGGAGUCGGAUGCGAAGAUCGGCAGAAAGUCAGGAAUUGCGUUACACUAUUCGUGCGUACAGUGGAAAGAUCGGAUCUGAGAGGUUCGCCGAUGUCCCAGCUAGUGUCCUUGUGGAUUUCACUUGCCCCGGAUGCAUGGUCCCCACCACAGGAGCUCGUGAGGGUGAUCCCAUUACCGGUACUGCACUCGCACUUAUUGUCGGCCUGGCAGUAUUAGCGGGCGUCAUUCUACUAGCCUUUGUCGUUGUACUGCUGUUUAUAUACAGUCACCGCAAGAAGAGACGAACGCGUCAAAAUCCACCUUUGCGUUUCGAUGGAUCCUUCGACGAGAUCACUGUUCACCCAAGAACCACGGGUAACGCGAACUACGUCUCUGCCGAGAGUAUCUCACUGCGAGCGUUCCCCGCAGAGUACUCGCCUCUCAGCCGCAACACCGACUCCAACAGCACACCCUCGGGGACGGACGCUUCGGAUGCUCCAGGCAGCUCCGGAAGCGCUUCGAGUGGCCGAGGAUCUUCCGAAGGGGACUUUGACGAGCAACCGGUGGCGAUCGUGAAUGCCGACAUCGGUAGCUUUCAUUCAGAUAACAACGCUAAGACGAUUGUCGCUGACUCUGGUAUUCAACAAGAUGACGACGACCAGAUAUCGCAACUCACUUUGAGUGACGGGUCUGGGAUUUUGCACGUCGACACGCUUAAUGGCAGCGAGUCGAAGAGCGAUAAGACGGAUAAAAUCCUAGCUCGGCUGGAGUUUCAGAGUGUUGAGAGCAUGCACGUGUUUGGAGAGGAAGGCGGGGGCGAGGCUGAUGGUGGUCACGACGUGGGAAACCUUCUCUACGCCAAGCUCGCCGAGGCUGAUGCCGACGACGAAUCGAUCGUUGAUGGUCCACGAUCGUAUAUCGACGAGGGGCACGAUCACCCAUCGUACGGAGGGUCGCUGAGCUCGAUCAUCGGGAGCCAAGAAGAGCUCACUGGUAGCUAUAAUUGGGACUAUCUACUCGACUGGGGGCCGCAGUUUCAGCCAUUGGCUGAAGUGUUCUUAGAAAUCGGUCGAAUGAAGGACGAAGGGGGUGACAAGAAAGAAGUCACACGUAAUGGGAGCAUCCCUUCCUCGAGUCGGUUAAGACCGAACUUAUCAGGAAUCGCGACUGUUGAUAUGUUAUCAUCGAUGUCAUCAUUACCGCGCUCGCCUGUCAGCCCUCCUUCGACACAAUACUCUUCGCCAGCGUUCUCACCCAACUUCACCCCCGCCAUCACCCCCCUCAUUACUAGAUCACCCUCCGUGUCCCCCCUGGACACAGGGAAUGUGUCCCCUGCGUACGCAUCCCGCGGGGUGACGCCUAACGGUUCACGCCCUACCUCUACACACAUCGUUAAGCUUCAAAAUGAAGACGACGCAUACUCGGAACUCUCGCAUUCGCCUUCGAUAUCAGACAACGAGUCCAAUGCAGAGAUACAUGUAUAACACUAAUAGGAUAGAUAUUCUCGCGAGCCAGGGUCCCACAUACCUCAGGAAGAAAGGUAGCCAAGGAAGGAAGCUUUACCACCAAAGAGUGUCACGUGAGCAGCUACCACCAGGGUCCUGCCCCUCCUUGCCCCUGUAGUAUGAAAGGGGUGGACCGUGGCACGUGAUGAUAGACGUGUCUCUCCUUGCCCCUGGAGUAUGAGAGGGGUGGACCGUGGCACGUUAUGAUAGACGUGUAUCUCCUUGCCCCUGGAAUAUGAAAAGGGUGGACCGUCGCACGUGAUGAUAGCCGCAUUGACACGUGAUUUGUGUUCAUACACAUAUUUCGAUGAUCGCAGACUUUAAAUAAUAGCAUCUCAAUAGUUUAAAGUUCCAGUUCCUUUUUGCUUUUUGUGAAGCCCCAGUUUUCCACAAGCAAAAUGCUUUGAGGAAUAUGAUGCAUGGUGUACGAUCUUUACGUUCAUCGAAUUAGUUGUAUACCCGUUAUCUUGUCUCGUCUGCAAUGGCGCGUUUGCAUGGCGACCACUACAGGAGGGCUCUUGCCCUUGUUAUGGUAAAAUCAUCUUUUCUCUUUUCAAUGCCUACAGUUGUUGAGCAAGAAACGUGCCCGAAUUCGUUAUCAUGCAAGCGUUCACAUUACACAUUGGGUGUAUGCCUGGUGUUGAGGGAGAGGCCGUGGUAUCGGGCUUUGAUGAUUUUUAUAGACAAUUCUCAGUGAAUAAUUCAAUUUGCAAGAAAGGUUUUAUGCGGCUUUGUCGUCGCUUUAGUAUUGUAAAUAUUUGUUUAUAUUUUUUAGCAACAAAAUGACAGAAAUCAAUGACGUCUGCCAUCGGAACACUUACUUGGAAAACAGUUUUUAUAAUUUGUUUUUACUUUAUGAAAAAGUAACUUCAACGAUAACUAGUUCAUGUAUUCACACACAUAUUUCUGCUAAGGUUAAUUUUAGGAGGCUAUGACAGUGCUGUAAUGCGUUGAAAGGCUCAGUGGAAAUAUCCCAACUCACGAGUCAUUGCGUCUGAGCAACUUUUUAUGCUGUAGUUUAACUUAAAAUCUUCGUACAUUUUGGAAUCAACAAAGCUUUAACUGUGACGAAAUAAAUCCAUUAAAAUAGAGAAAGUACAAACCAAUCAUAAUACAUAUGUAAAAAGGAUGUAUGCAUAUUGCGUUUUUGUUAUUAAAAACUGUACAGAUUAA